UUUGUGCGUCUGGAUCGUCUGAAGUUCAUGAUGAAGAUCUCCCUCAUCCUCUUUCUCACCAUCACCCUGAUCUCUCAGGGCCACACUGGCUCACUCUCAUGUAAAGGAAGAUGUGGAGAGCCCUAUGAUUCUUCAAACGACUGCCACUGCGAUUCACAUUGCCAGCAGCACGAGGACUGCUGCAAUGACUUUAAAAAUCAGUGUGGUCGUCGAGCAUUAGCCAGUGUCUCUGACGCUGAGAUCAAAUCUCUGUCUGAGACGCUGUACAAGUUAGACCAUAACAGGGCCACAGCCUCAGAGCUGGUCAUUGAUCCUCAGACACUGAUCUCUUCAUCUGAGACCAGCUCAAGGGAUGACCACUCAUCUCACCCAUUGUUCAAGCAAGUGAGUAGUACUUUGCUCUCCAAGCCCACAUAUAAAGCUCUGUUGAAUCUGCUGGACAACUAUAAAAGGAUGACCGGGGAAGUGGAGGAUGUGCCCUCACAGGAAGAGCAGGAGCAGGACACUUUCCUCCAGCAGGCCAUGAACACCGAUGUGGGCAAGGAGCUUUAUAAUUUCCUUCACUCCAAAGGUAUAUACUCAUCACAGAGCGAGUUUAUCCAGGAUCUGAAGAUGAUGUGGUUUGGUCUUUACUCUCGAUCUAGCGGCAAACUGGACUCCAGCGGGUUUGAGCACAUCUUUGCAGGGGAAAUUAAGGGUGGAAAGGUAUCUGGUUUCCACAACUGGCUGCAGUUUUAUCUAAAUGAGAAACAGGGACUCCUGAAUUACUACAGCCAUAGUUUUAAUGGCCCUUGGACCUCCUAUCCCGAUGUAUUGGGAAUGCAGUUUGAAUGGGAUGGCUAUUUCAAAGAGGUUGGUUCUGCCUUUAUUGGCUCUAGUCCUGAGUUUGACCUGGCUAUCUACAGUCUCUGCUACAUCACUCGCCCUGGCAAGAAGUGUUAUGUGAGUCUGGGGGGACAGACUCUGGGCAUUCAGACCUAUACGUGGGACAACAGCAGCUAUGGGGAUGGAAAGAAGUACAUUGCCUCGGCUUACCCUGCCACACCAUGAUUUCCUCUCACCUGAAUAUCAGUAUCAACAGACUCACAACCAAAACAACUCAUAUGUAAUCUUGUAAUUCUUCUCUUGGUUGUUCGAGGUUGUUGUUGAACCAAAUAAAACAACAAUAGAAAAAUG